UUUUCAAUUAACCACACCCUUUGCACUAUGACGCCAACCCAUAAGAUCCUUUUACUUCAGUGUAAACGGAAGUGAACAGUGACCAAGAACAUUUUCCACGAAAGCGUUUUUAUUGUUAUUUAGACGUUUAUUACCAACCUGGAACUCAAAAUAUGACUAAUUUAACUGCACAGCAUUACAUUAGUUACCUCAGGUAGUGUCUAAUUCGCGUUGGAGACAGGACUUGGUUGAUAGCUAGCAAGCGUUACCUGAAACUGCUAACAAUGGCUAACUGUAUGAUUUUUCACACUCAAAUAGCCUCCAUCAUGGAGGUGCUAGCAAAUGCAGCCGUGGCAGAUAUCUGUAAACUCGUAGACGACGACUAUGCAGUGUUUCGUUUGGAAAUAACUCAAAGCCAGAAAGAAAACAGGGGAUUGCGGAGGAAACUACAGCUACUGGAACUGAAGAUGGCGCGGGAGCGCGUCCUCGCUAAUCGUCACAGUAGUGUCAAGAUCCUCGACCGAUAUAGAGGAAUGGCAAGAGGUACAUUUUGAUGUUGCCGAGGCUGUCGCCCCGUUCCUCUGCGCAUGUGUUCAGAUGUGUGAACCAGAAUUGGAUCUUGAUGGAGGACAUCUCACUCGAGGCCACAGGAGCUUUGUGAAGCAAGCGGCACAUAAUGCGUGUAGAGAUGACCAACCAAUUACUGUUGAUGAGGGGAGUGGAACCUCAACCCAGCAUGUUAUCGUGAUCGAGUCUGCAGAUGCAGAGGCUGCUGGUCCUGGGGUCAAGCUGGAAAGGUCUGAAGGAGAGGAGGACCCACCGAACAGCAGAGACAUCCAGACUGGAGUGUCCCAUGUAGCCACGGAGGACCUCACCGCCACCGCUCCCAGGACCCGAUGCAGAAUCACGGAGGUCAGUGGAACGCCGAACGCCGUCCUCAAGUCAGAGACGGACACAGAGACUUUAACUGAAACACAAAGACUUUUACACACAGGAUCUGACCACAGGUCAGACCCAGAGGGGCUGGGGCGACUGGGCUGUCCUGCUGUUCCCAGCUCAGAUUAUUUACUUUACGAUAACCUGAGCUCGAGGGCGGUUCAAGUUCAUUCCCAUCGAGACUCGGGUGACGUGUUAGAGGCUGGCAGUGAUCUGUCUUGUUCUUACACUACAGAGAUGGACUCUGGCAACAUAUCAUUGGGUUUAGAGAGACAAACUGAUCUGUCUAGAGGGGACUGGAACCUGUACAGUAGUAGUGCAUACUCUGAAGGGUGCCUAGAUAAGAAAGGGGAGGUUAUAGUCUUAGAUGAGGUGACUGUAAAAGUGGAGGGUGAUGUUCCUCUGACAUGGAAUGUAGACGAGACUCCCUCAGGAGAAGGACACUCACAAGGUAGAGAUUUCUUAGAUUAUAGGGAAAGCUUAGAGACAAAUCCAAAUGUCACGACCCACUCCCCUUUACACACACUCAGGGAUCGAGACCCAGUGUCCACGUUGAUGGGGCCUUCCAAUUCACAUGGCCGUGUCCUUUUUGAUCAGGUAUUGAACUCAAACAACAGAUCUAGAGCCCAGGCUCAGGGAGAGGGAGCAACAUCAAGCAGUAGUAGAGAGAAACGAUUCCUCUGCAUGUUCUGUAACAAAGGCUUCAGCUGCAUCCAGAAGGUGGAAAUCCACCAGAGGGUCCACACAGGAGAGAAACCCUUCAGCUGUACACAGUGUCACAUGCGCUUCACCCAGGCUGGUGACUUAAAGAGGCACCAGAGGGUCCACACAGGGGAGAAACCAUUCAGCUGUACCCAGUGUCAGAUGCGCUUCUCCCACUCGUCCAGCCUGAAGAGGCACCAGAGGGUCCACACAAGGGAAAACCCUAAAGGUACCCCCAGUGUAAGAAGAGUUUCACCAACUAGAACAAGCUAAAGAUGCAUCUGAAGGUCCACACAGGAAAAAGUAUGUUCGCCUGUACGCACUGCAGGAAGAGGUUCUCAGAGAGGAACUACAGAGAGGAGCUACCUCAAGAUACACCAGCAGAGAAAACAUUCCACUCUAUAACAUUGAAAGUAACCAUUCCACUCAAUAGCCUCUGACGUUUAGAUCAAAUCCUGCAUUAUAGACAAAGAUUAAUUUUCAUUGUCAGCAGAAAAUAUCCACAGAUACAUUUAGAAUAGUGAGAGUAACAUAUUUCAGUGUUGAAUUUUCCUGGGUAGAAUAUUGCAUCCAGACAUUGUGAUAUAUAAGGCCUAUUAUAAGCCUAAAAAGUAUGUUACAUAUUGUGUUUGUACUGUGUAGGCUAUAUGAUGUUCAUACAGAUUGAGACAUAUUUUAAAUGUACAUUUUAGUCAUUUAGCAGGCACUCUUAUCCACAGUGAAUUACAGUUAAUGCAUUCAUUUUAAGAAAGCUGGG